AAACGGAGCAUUGGAAAAAUGGCGGAUCAGCAUCUGGCACCGCCCGGAGGGGUUCCUUACAAAAGGUUACAUCAAGACUCGGAAGUGCUAAUGCCUAGGCCAAGCAUCAUUCUGCCUCACUUACAGGAGUCUGAGAAGAAAUUUUUCGAACUCGUGACCGCAGGAGAUGUAAUCACCGUUAAAGAGUAUUUGGAAGCUAAUCGGGGGUUCAACAUAAACUGUGUGAAUUUCCAAGGCGUCUCGGCGCUCUUGAUAGCCGUCCAAAACCAUUCGGAACCAAUGGUCGAGUUUCUUUUAACGCAACCCGGGAUCGAUAUUGGCGAUUGCAUUCUUCACGCCAUUAAAGAUAACCAAAGGAAAAUUUUGGAGAUGCUAUUGGAAAAGCUGAGUCAGAUAGCACCCAGUUUGGAGUUUGUCGGAGUCACCCACAGUACAGAUUUUCCAGACUACAUCACGCCUCUCAUAUUGGCUGCGCAAUGUGGUCACUACGAAAUCAUUGAGCUUCUGAUCCAAAGGGGUCACGUGAUCACCAAACCGCACCCGCCGAGUUGCAGAUGCGCGGACUGCAGAGUACAUUUAGAGAGGGACGACCUGCUGCACGCUGAAAGCCUGCGCCUCAACCUUUACAGGGCCGUCUCCAAUCCCGCCUACAUUUGCCAUUCGACCCACGACCCGAUCCUGGCAGCUUUCCAGUUGAGCGAGGAACUCAAAGAGUGCUCGAAGCUGGUGCCCGAGUUCCGUGUCGCAUACUCCGAACUUUCAAACGAAAUCAGCAACUUCGCGGUAGAUCUUAUCGCGUGUUGCCGCAGCACCUGCGAGAUGGAACUGAUCCUGAAGCAACACGCGGGCACCGAAUCCUACAUCUACAGCUUGCCCAGGUUGGCGCUGGCGAUGGACUACAAGCAGAAGACGUUCGUUGCGCAUCCGAACACGCAGCAGAUUGUGGAAGCCACGUGGUGCGGCGAUUGGCACGAAUACAAACUCAAAUCUGCAGCGGUCAUCUAUUUGUAUCCGGUCUUGCGGAUAUUCACGCUUCCCAUUAUCACCCUGAUGUGUAUGGUGAUGCCGAAUCACUCGCUCACGAAGCACUGGAGUAUCCCGCUCAACAAAAUGAUCAGUCACGUCUCAGCUUACCUGGUGUUCCUGGUGUUGAUAUUCCUCGAAUCGAACAUGGACAAAACCGACCAGAAACGGAAACCUCCGAAUUCGGGACUCGAACCUGUGAUCAUGGUUUUCGUGGCUGGGAACAUUUGGAGCAACAUCAGGAUGCUCGCGUUCAUCGGUCCGAAGCGGUACUUCCGGAAAAUGUGGAACUGGCACGCGUUGAUCAGCAACAGUCUUUUCGUGUUGACGUUUCUGUUUUGGUUGGCUUCGUACCUGGACGCCGUCAACAACGGCCAGGUGGACUUGGAACGGAAAUACUGGCACCACCUGGAUCCACUUUUGGUCGCGGAAGGCACGUUCGCCGUCGCGACUAUAAUGACAUUCUUCAAGCUGAUAUUCUUCUGCCGGCUCAACUAUUACUUGGGCCCGUUGCAAAUAUCGCUGGGUAAAAUGUGUGCGGACAUGGCCAAGUACUUCGUCAUCUUCGCUAUCAUCAUAAUCUCGUUCACGGCGGGCCUGUGCCGUUUCUACCAGUACUACGACGGCAUGGUGCAAGUGGACGAGAAUGGCAUCAAAACGCAACAGACCUCUUCUUUCGUGGACUUCGCGUCCACGUUGAAAACCUUUUUCUGGGCAAUCUUGUGCAUGUCCGCCCUCGAAUCUGCCGACGUGGUGAUCGAAAACUUGCCCGGAGAAGGUCCCGGCGCAACCAUCAUCAACACCCACGAGUUUACCGAAACUGUAGGCUAUAUAUGUUUCGCCCUUUUCGAAGUCCUCAUCGUAGUGAUGAUCUUGAACAUGCUGAUAGCGACGAUGUCGUCCACGUUUCAACGCGUGCUGGACAAUUUGGACGUCGAAUGGACGUUCGGCAAAACGGACUUUUAUUUAGAGUACAUGCUGCAGAGUACUACUCCGCCGCCAUUUAAUCUCAUCCCCACCCCGGCCGGAGUGAGCGUUUUCAUCGAAACCAUGAACGGCGUCCGUCCGGUGGACAAAGGUCAAAGCACCGUCACGUGUCAGAGGAAACAUCCAGGCGAUACGGUGGAGAAAAGUAUGCACGAUAUGGAGUUUCCGGCGCUGAUGUCGCUGAUAGUCCAGAGAUACUUCAGGGAGAAGGACGAGGCGAAUCAGGACGCCACCGAGAUGGAUUUGCUCAGGCAAGAGAUUCACGAGCUGAAGGCGUUGCUGAGCGACAUAAUUGCCGAGAAGGAGACAUGAGGAACAAGUAGUCCUAGAAGAUUAAGAUAAACGGCCACAAAUCCGAUAUAUGGAAUAAAUAU